AUGGCCGUGGUGCAACUUGGAGACUGGCCGAGUGAGCUGAUAAUCUCUCUGCUAGGCUUGCUUCCCUUGACAGACUUGCUCUCCAUGGGCAGGGUCAAUAAAUAUAUGCGCAACGUGGCCGAACCGCUCGUCUACUCAACCAUCGAGAUCACCUGGGCUUUACGCAGCACGCCGCCUGCUAUGUUGCUGUUGCCAACCAUUCUUGACAGACCCGACCUAGCUGGCCAUGUCCGCACGCUGCGCCUCCAAGGAGACGGGUUCGAAAAUCACCCUGAAGUCCGGGAACCGCCCGCAUUUCCUGCCAGCCCGCUUCUUCUGGACAAGGCAACCAAGUUUAUUCAGUCUACGGGGGUGCCAUUUGCCAAAUCUUGGAUAGGCGAGCUGCAACUCGGCACCGCGGAUGCCAUUGUGGCUGCCCUCCUGGCAUCCAUGCCUAAUUUAAUGACUUUGUAUCUCGGUCCAAACUUUACCAUCAAGAGCCGGCUUUGGGGAGGCGUGCUUCGAUGCGCUCUUUGCCAGCCAAAAGAAUACCAGUUACCUACCUUUACGCAGCUCCGUCAUGUCACGUCCGAGUACAGAGCCAAAGAAUGGCACCACCGCGAUAUCGCCAACACGGCCGACGUCCUUCCCUUCUUUUACCUCCCCAACGUUGAGCACCUGUCCGUUUCUAUUGACAACCCAGCUCAAUUUGCGUGGCCGUCAGAUCCGCCCGCCCCGUCGUCAAUAGUGUCCCUGGAUCUGUAUAGGCUGCGAGAAUCGCGACUGGCCCCCGUCCUCUCCGUCCUUAGGGGACUCCAGAAGCUACACUGGAACUGGCUAUACCAGCCAGAUCUCGAUGAAAACGUUAGUCAAGAUGUCGUUGAACUUGAUACGGCAGCUGCUGCGCUCAGCUACGUUCGAGAUACACUUACAGACCUGACGAUCCGGGCCAUAACACGCCCUAGGAUAUCAGUCGGCGAUUACGACCCUCCCUCGUUAGAAAUUCAAGCCUCCUUGGACGGCAUUUCUAGCUUUAGUAAGCUUAUAAGACUAUGCGUCCCUUGGGUCUUCUUGAUGGGGUUUUCGCCAUCCUUGAGUAAGAAACUUUUAAAUGCUCUCCCUUUACAUCUUGAAUUCCUUGAUUUGGCCGCAGAUUUAGACGAUCACGAGGAAUGGGAAUGGGACGAUGACUCCGUUCUAGAUGCGGUGAGGUCCGAGUUAGCGGGUCGAGCUUUAUCUUCGAGACCCCAUCUCCGUCAGAUUACUCUGCCUAUUCCGCUUGGUUUUGGCGAUUUAUCUAGUGAACAAAAGAAGAAGCUAGGGGAUAUUAGCGCAAGUGCGGGAGUAAAACUGGCAUGGAUUGAUAAAUGA